AUGGAGCUCAGGGUGUGGGACAUCUGCUGGUUUAUCACUGUGACCCUCGGAUGGACCGCGGCUCAGACUCAGACCAGCACCAGGCCUGUUUUCAACUGUGGAGGACACUUGGUGACAGACUCUGGUAUCGUGGCCAGUGAGGGCUUCCCGAGCCAAUACAAAGCCAACACCAAAUGCACCUGGUACAUCACUGUGCCCGAGGAUCAUGUGGUCAUGCUGUCCUUCCGCCUCUUCGACAUGGAGGCUGACCCCACCUGCCGCUACGACUACCUGGACGUGUACAACGGCCACACGCGUCUGGUGCAGAAGCUGGGGCGCUUCUGUGGGACGUUUCGGCCUGGAGCUCUCAUUUCCACCUCCAACACCAUGAUGCUGGAGAUGGUUUCUGACGAUGCUACGUCUGGACGAGGUUUCUUGGCCUUUUUCAGCGCUGGGAAGCCACACGUGGAAGAAAACCAGUUCUGUGGAGGCCGCCUCACCAAAGCACAAGGCUCCGUGAAGACACCAAACUGGCCCAACUCCAACUACCCAGCAGGCAUCAGCUGCUCCUGGCACAUCUCUGUGGAGCCCGGCAAUGUGAUCGAGGUCAAGUUUGAGAAGCUGGACUUGGAGCCUGAUACGUACUGUCGAUAUGAUUAUGUGGCUCUGUUUAACGGAGGAGAGACCGACGACUCCAGAAGAAUUGGAAGAUUCUGCGGUGACACUGUCCCAGGAACAAUUGUGACCAAUGGGAACGAGCUCCUGGUGCAGUUUGUGUCUGACCUCAGCGUGACGUCAGACGGCUUCAUGGCACUCUACAACAGCGUGCCUCGGGGGUCCCGCAGACCCACCGCCGGAGGAGACUUCAUCUUCCACACGACCACCAGCUCCACACCAAAACCCACAUCCAAGCCCCUCAAACCUGUCGAAGCCAGUAGACCCACCCCAAAACCAAAACCAGGCCUUAAACCAACCACAAAACCACUCAAACCAAAAGUCACUAUACCAUUGAAGCCACCACCACGCAAACCCACCCCUAAACCCAGACAGAAGCCCACCACCGCUCCCAAACGAGCCAGACCCACUCCUCCGACAAAGAAGGCCAUGGCAAAACCUGCACUUAAACCGGCUGCCAAAGCUACACCCAAACCAAGGAUCAUCAAACCAACGCCAAAACCAAAAGUGAAGACAACCAAAAAGGCCACUGCCCCCAAAGUGAAGGCCACAAUGAAACCAGCCGUUAAACCAGUCAAACCCACGCCAAAAACUGGUCUGAAGCCCACCUCCAAACCAAAAGUGAAGCCCAGAGUGACUCCGAAACCAACACUGAGCAAGACUGUGACCAAGAAGCCUGCUGUGAGCAAGAAACCGUUACCCCUGAACCCGCUCUGCUCACAGAAAUGUAAGCGGACAGGAACUCUCCAGUCCAGUUUCUGUCCUCAUGACUUUGUCAUCACUGGUAAAGUUACCUCUGUAACCUUGGGUCCGCGAGGGUCUGCCACAGUGGAAGUGUUCCUCAUCAAAGCCUAUAAAAGUGGAGCACUUAACAUCACAAAAUCUGGUCCAGUCAUGUCCGUCACUCUGCAGUCCACCUGCAAGAGGUGCCCCGGAAUCAUCAAAGGACGUAACUAUGUGCUAAUGGGUAAAGUUGACGCACAGGGCAAUGGGCAGCUGACACCUUCGAGCUUCACUCUUCUAUACAAACCUAUUCACGCCAAAGCACUGGCCACUCUUUCCCGCAAGAAGUGUUGA